AUGAUUGAUAGUGCAUUAAAAAGGUUAUUGUAUAAUGAAUUUUAUCGAAAAUGCAAGUAUUCAUUUUGGCAAUUUGGAAAUAAUAAAAGUUUGCAAGAAUCAGUUGUAUCUAAUAGCAAUAUACUAUUAGAAAGAAUAUUGCUUGAAACAAAUAAGUAUGAUAAAAAUAAUAUUAUAGAAUUAUCUUCAGAAGAAUUUGCUAAAGAG